CUGACCAGAACACACAGGAGCUGGCUGGGGACACUAGCCAGGGCUGGAGCUGCAGUUGCCUGGCAGAGAGAGUCCCAGCCUGGCAGCAGGGGAAACUGAGGCAGUGGUGUGGCCCUGGAUACUGAUGUUCAGAGCUGGGCCUACCUGGGCCAGGGCGCUGUCCUCCAUCUGGGUCCACCAUGGUUGCUGGGCUCUGGGUGGGAGUCUGACCUGGGGACCCAGGUCCUGCUGUCUGAUUACUGCUGGGAACCCACCAGGCCUGCUGCCUGGGAAAGCAUGAGUGAACAGGAGAAGGAGACGGAGGAGGAUGAGGGAGGGGGCACUUCUGACACGGCACCCAUGCUGCCAGGAAGACUUCCCGACUGCCAGGCCUCAGCCCUGAUGUCCCCAGGAUGGGUAGGCCUGGCUGUCCACGGCUUGGGGACCCUGUUGCUGCCUGGCCAGGCCCUGGCGGGGCUCCUGCUGCAGCUGCUGCUGCCUUCGACAGCGUUCCUGCUCGUGCUGCUGCCCUCGGCUGCCAUCGUGUACCUGGGAUUCCUGUGCCACUCGAGGGUUCACCCGGCUCCCCGCCCCGCGUGCCGCGCGCUCCUCUCGGACAGGGGCUCCGCGGCGCUCAUCGUCCUCGGCUUCCUCUCGCUGCCUCCGCUGCUCGUGCUUGCCUCGGCCGCCCGCGCCCGCCUGGCCCGGCGCCUCCGCGCGCUGCUGCCGCCCGCAGCCUGGAGCCCUGGAGCCCGCCGCCGCGCUGGGUGCCGCGACCGUGGGCGAGGGGGACGCCACCCCGACGGCGACGAGCCGCUCUGCGCCUGGGUGUGAGCCCCGGAGGCCUCUCCAGGGCCGAGACUCCCGAGUCCGGGAAGGGCUCCCCGGCCUCCGCCCCGCCCCGUGAGAGAGCCCCCGGGCCUGCGGUCUUGGGGCGUGCGUCCCGGUGCCCGCCUGGAGACCCGCGGGGCUCCGUGCGCAGCGCGUGGGGCGGCCGCGAGGUGGCGCCAGACACGCCGGAGCCGAGGCCGGGCUUCCGACGGCCGCCCCGCCCCGCCCCGCGCCGCCCCGCGCCGCCCUGCCAGCCGCUGCGCCGUGGAAACGCCCGCGGCCCUGUGUCCAGGCGGGCCUCCCGCUCGCUCGCUGUUUCCGACCCCCGGACUCUCCUGCGCUCUGGCCAGUUUCUUCGUCUCCUUCCAAGUUUCCCUAGUUGCUGGGUGAAGUCUAAUCUGCCAAUUAGCCUGGUCACUUAAUUUCGUUCUUUGAUUAGCGUGUCUAGAGGUUAGACUUGUUUCUUGUUCAAAUCUCGUCAUUUGUGACGGUCUCUUCACGCUCGUUCAACUUUUAGGUUCCAGUUUUGCUUCCAGAUUCCAUGUGGGAGCAGUUCCCACAUGGUUACUUUGUAACACCUGACGGCCACAAUGUCUUACUCUCUCGGGGCGGGGGUCCGAAUCCGUUAUUUGUCGUUUCCGAUGAGGCUCACUGAUGGUGUAUUGUUUCUUUGAGCGGUGGCUCCUUUCCCCUGUCCGCCGCACCCGUGAACAUCCUGGGGACAUGUCGCUCCCGGAAGGAGUCCCUCUGCGAGGCGGCCCUACCUGGGCCCUGCUCGGUCCUGUGCGGGCUUCGGUAAUGGCAGGUGCGCGUCUCCAUCCUUGGGUCGCGGGCCCCUCUGCUAUGCCACCUGUUUCCUUUCAUCUUCCCGCGUUUGUUUGUUUAUUUAUGUAUUCUUAGUGCUUUUAAUUUGGGGGGAGCCUUGAAGAUAUUUACUUACUUAUAAGCUCAGCAGUAUAUUAAAAAUAUAUUUCUCGAGGCACUUGA